CAUCCAAGUCUUGUCUAUAUCAAUAAUACAUUAAAGUAAUGAUAAAAUGUUUGAUAUAUUAUUUGAGGCUCGAGUUCAGGCAUCGGUGCAGCCAUUGCUAUACAUUUGUCGGCUUUGGGCGCACAAGUGGUGAUCACCGGCAGAAACGCCGAGAGAUUAAAAGCCAUUGCCGUUCAAUGCGACCAGAAAUCAGCGCAAGGUUUAAAAGCGCUUCAAGUGAUCGCCGAUUUGGACGACGAGAAUGACUGCAAACGACUGAUCGACACGACUAUUGAAAGUUUCACCAAGAUCGAUGUACUCGUUAAUAAUGCGGCAGAGUUUAAUCGCAAUAGUAAUAUACAAAACGAUGAUGCUAUACACAUGUUUGACAAGACAAUGCGAACUAAUUUGCGAAACACGUUUGUCUUAACACACUUUGCAGGUC